AACGCAAGCAACGACUUGGUCCCAUUAAAGUAGAUUUUGUGAGGGUCAAAAUUAUAAAUUACGAAGCAGAAAUGAUUAUCAAACAACUUCCAGAGGUUUGCACCUAGAGAAGGAAAAGAAGAACCCACUACAAACAAACGCAGUCCAGACAACGCCUCCAGUAGGAAGAGCAAAACCACGACACCACGACCCCCUGAGAAGAGACGAAACCAACACGUUCAGAGCGUGGGGCGCCUGCAAACCUCCGAGUGUGCCGCGGACUGAGCUGCGCUUCGCAGCUCUCAAGACAUUAAUUACAUCCUUCACCUCUCAUUUGGGGAAAGGUGAGGAAGAAGGCACUCACCUGAACCGAGUGAAGAAGUCAAUCCAAGGCGGAGAGGAGUUUAAGAAUGAACCGCCGAAUGUUUCGCUUUUAUUUUUAAAUUUACUUUGGCACUUAAAAAGCCUCACUUCCAGAUUUCUGGGCAAUCUCUUCCACCGAAUGCAGGGAUCUAAACCUCACCCCCUGGUAACCUGAUUUUUUUUUUUUUUUUUUACCUUCAUCUGUCGCACACCAUCAGCCUCAUUUUACAUAUUAAGAGAAAGCAGAAAGUCGCAGCAGGUACUUUUCUUUUUGAAAGAUAACCUUUUUUCUUAUUUUCUGGAGAAGAAAGCUUUCCAAAGACUGAGCCGGGCAAUAGCUUCGGCCAGUCGACCCAGGUGGAAAGCAAGAGUGAAAGUGGGGCGCAGGGGGAGCGCACAGCCUCUUUUGCAAGCCGCAGGGCCACCACCAGUGCGUGAGCCUUGGAUCCCUCAACGUAUUGUGAGACGCCGGUGUAUAGCCCGGACCUGUGCCCCAACAUGAUCGCCGCUCAGGCCAAGCUGGUUUACCAGCUCAACAAAUACUACACUGAGCGCUGCCAAGCACGCAAGGCAGCCAUCGCUAAGACCAUCCGAGAAGUCUGUAAGGUGGUCUCGGACGUGCUAAAGGAAGUGGAGGUGCAGGAGCCUCGUUUCAUCAGCUCCCUGAGCGAGAUCGAUGCCCGCUACGAAGGGCUGGAGGUCAUCUCGCCUACCGAAUUCGAGGUGGUGCUCUACCUAAACCAGAUGGGCGUUUUCAACUUCGUGGACGAUGGCUCCCUCCCUGGCUGCGCGGUGCUCAAAUUGAGCGAUGGGCGGAAGCGGAGCAUGUCUCUCUGGGUCGAGUUCAUCACGGCGUCCGGCUACCUCUCCGCGCGCAAGAUCCGCUCGCGUUUCCAGACGCUGGUGGCACAGGCCGUGGACAAGUGCAGCUAUCGGGAUGUAGUUAAGAUGAUCGCCGAUACCAGUGAGGUCAAGUUACGCAUACGAGAGCGCUAUGUGGUGCAAAUCACUCCGGCGUUCAAGUGCACCGGGAUCUGGCCUCGCAGCGCGGCGCAGUGGCCUAUGCCCCAUAUUCCCUGGCCUGGCCCCAAUCGGGUGGCAGAGGUCAAGGCCGAGGGAUUCAACUUGCUCUCGAAGGAGUGUUACUCGCUGACAGGCAAGCAGAGCUCAGCGGAGAGCGACGCCUGGGUGCUACAGUUUGGAGAGGCAGAGAACCGCCUGCUGAUGGGCGGCUGCCGAAACAAGUGUCUCUCGGUGCUGAAGACGCUGAGGGACCGUCACCUGGAGCUGCCCGGCCAGCCGCUCAAUAAUUACCACAUGAAGACGCUGCUACUGUACGAGUGCGAGAAACACCCGCGGGAAACGGACUGGGACGAAGCUUGCCUCGGCGACCGGCUCAACGGCAUCUUGCUGCAGCUCAUUUCUUGCCUGCAGUGCCGCCGCUGCCCUCACUACUUUCUGCCCAACCUCGACCUCUUUCAGGGCAAGCCCCACUCGGCCCUGGAGAGUGCUGCCAAGCAGACCUGGAGGUUGGCCAGGGAGAUUCUCACCAAUCCCAAAAGCCUGGACAAACUAUAGGGUGCUGGAGGCUGCUUGAAAAGCGACACAAACCGGCGCCCUCUCGCAUACACACAACACACACAACUCAGUGACAAAAAGCGGAAACUCUGGACACAAACUUUUAUGGUAGCCACCUGAAAGAAACAUGAAGCAGGCAGAAGAGCUUCGUUAAUUAACAAGCAAACAAAAAGAAGGCAUGUGAACAAACAAAAACGCAGCACAUUCUCGCACAAAAGUAACCGUUUUCUUCCAAACAAUGUGAAUUUAAAAGAUCACACAAAAGAAGCAAUCGGGCUUUACCACCACAAAAUGAAACCCAAGGUACAUUUUCAAAUCAAUGUAUAGUAGUUUUCCUCCUUUUCCUUCUUUUCCCUCUUCGUUCGUUGUCUCUCAUUUCUCCCUCUUUUUCUCUCUUCUUUCAUUUUGUUUUUGGUUGCCUGAAUGUUGUCACCAAGUGAACAAAAAUUAUUUAACUAUAUGUAAAAUUUCUCUUUUAAAAAGUUUUACUGAUGUUAAAUGUAUCUCAGUGCCAAUGUCAGACUGUGCCCUUCCCUCUAUUGCACCUCUACCCUCACCUUAACCAGUCUUGUUGAAAACAGUAAUAAAAAUAUUACUUUA